CUUCCAUUCGGCUCAGUUUCAGAGCAGCGCUGCUCCAGAUUUGUUUUGUCCUAUUAUAUAAUUUAUAUGACGUAACCAAAAGAACAGUCUAGGUUGGGCAAGUUUUUGUCAGCUGGGGGCCUAUGUAGUUUUAGAAGGCCUCUGUGUAUUUUUUAUUUUAUGCAGAGACUGGGGCAAAUCUUUUAUUUCAAUGUCGGUCACUUUUGUAUCAGGUCCCAGUAAACUCUCUCAAGGCCAAGUCGAAGAUACUACUCGUUCCAAAGUAACAAAACACGGAGGAAGCAGUGACCAGCGCAGAUUAGAUUGUGGGAGGGAAGAUUACCUAAGUGAUGUGUCGAUUGUUUUGCCGGUCCACAAUGCUGAGAGGUGGUUGGAUCAGUGCCUUGAGUCGGUUUUGGACCAGGAUUUCCAGGGAUCGAUGGAGUUGUCCGUCUUCAACGAUGCCAGCAAGGACAACUCGAUGAAUAUUAUAGAAAAAUGGCAAACAAAACUGGUAAAGAAAGGAAUACAUGUUAUCAUUGGUGGACAAGAAUCUGCAUGCCCAAAAGGAGUUGGUUUCGCCAAGAACCAGGCCAUUGCACAAAGUUUUGGAAGAUUCCUUUGCUUUUUGGAUGCAGAUGAUGUUAUGAUGCCACAGAGGGUGAGAGUACAGUAUGAUGCAGCCCUAGCUCUCCCUCAUUGUGUAAUUGGUUGCCAGGUUAAGAGAGAACCAGAGGGCUCAACUGAGCGAUAUACGCGAUGGAUUAACGGCUUGACCCAGGAGCAACUGCUGACUCAGGUCUUCACGUCUCACGGCCCCACCGUCAUCAUGCCAACAUGGUUCUGCUCUCGACAAUGGUUGGACUCCGUUGGGAAGUUUGACGAAAGUGGAAAAGGUGUCCCGGAAGAUUUGCUGUUCUUCUAUGAAGUUAUUCGCAAGGGAGGAGGCAUGUCUCGAGUGGAUCGCUGUCUGCUGGUCUAUCGCUACCACUCAGAGGCUGCAACACAUGCCGUUUUAGAGGAGACUAUUUGGAAGGAGCGUGUCGGGUUUCUGGAGGAGCGAGUUUUAAACGAUUGGCCUUCAUUUACUAUUUGGAAUGCUGGGAAACAGGGGAGGAAGUUGUACAGAUGUCUGGCAGCUGCCAAUCAGAAAAAGGUUGUCUCUUUUUGUGACGUGGAUCAAAGUAAGAUAACAAAGGGCUUCUAUACGUAUGAAGAAUCAAAGAUCGAACCAAAGCCCCAAAUUCCCAUUUGCCAUUUCAUGGAAGCCAGACCUCCUUUCAUCAUCUGUGUGAAACUGGUAACAUCGUGACUUCAGAGCCGUCUUGAGAGGUAAAUCAACACAAUACACGGUGCUCCGACCUGCAACCUAUAACACCGUGAAGCCGCGGUCUCUGGUAGGAAAGUGGCCGAUUCUGGAGCUCCAAGCCGCGGAGUCCGGUCUGUCCCGACGUCGGAGUUUCGAUCAUCCCGACGAGAGGGCUUGUACACGGGCUGUCCGUAGCGUCAACUACGGAGGGUUCAUGGCCUCGACCACGGUGAAUGUAGGAGGAAGAUUGACUGAACAGUGAAGAAUGUUGAUUCCACUGUGGUGGAUGUUUAUGUUAAAUUCUAUUGUGUUAUUUUUGAUUGGAUGGCUGCAUGGCAACUCAUUUCACUGUACCUUAAAUGCUGCUUGUGACAAAUAAAUGUCAACGAGAAUUUUUGAACUUGAACUUGGUUGUGGAAAGCACACUUGUCCGCUUUUCCCUGAGUCAGCACUCCUGCAUAUUGUCAAUGGAUGGCACUGGCCACUGGAUGAAUCUUGUUAUCCUCGCCUGCCCUUGCUCCUGACUAAUGCACUCUGCAAUCACAUUGUGGUUUGGAGCAAGAGAAAAAAACAAAACAUGUUCAAAAUACUCAGGGCAAUUCUGAUGAAAGCUCAUCGACUGAAAUAUUUAUCUCUCCAGAGAAGCUGCCUGCUGCUGAGUUAUUGCAGCAUGUUCUGCUUUUAAAUUUGAAGGGUAUGUUUGAAUGUUACAGAUGGUUGUCCAUGGGGUAUCUGUCCCACAAGCAAUGGGGAAUUAUUGUCACAGGCACUGAAUUACAGUUGUUUUGUAGCAAUUCAAGCAAAUUUGAUCAUGUUAGCCGUGUUUCCGAGUCAGCGUGAAUGGAGUCAAUGAUGUGGCAUCUAGUCUGUCUGAUGGACUGAGUUACAUCUACAACUCAGCAGCUACUGUAUGUUGAUAGAGUCCAGUAUACUGCGUUGGAGCUGUAACCAAACACCUGCACAUGGGCAACAUUUACCAGCAGCUCCCUCUUCAAUAUUAAAUGUAUUUAUAGCUCCACAUGCAGUUUUAGGUUAGCGAUUCAGCGUGGAAACAAGCCCUUUGGCCCACUGAGUCCACGUCAUAUACUAGUACCAUCCCGCACACUAGGGACAAUUUACAUAAGCCAUUUAACAUACACAUCUUUGGAAUGUGUGAGGAAACUGGUGCACCCGGAGAAAACCCACGGGGUCACAGGGAGUACGUGCAAACUCCAUACAGAAAGCACCUGGAGUCAGGAUCGAUCUUUUAAGGCAGCAGCUCUACCACUGCGUUGCCCUUUUACGUUCUACGAUCUCGGGUUAAUUCGCUUGGUAUCCUGAGGGUUGCUAAGUUCAUAACUGAUAGGAGAAGAAUUUGGCUUUUCAGCCCAUCAAGUCUAUUCCACCUUGCGGAGGUUGGGCGAUCGUUUCGCCGAACACCUCCGCUCGGUCCGCAAUAACCAAGCUGACCUCCCGGUGGCUCAGCACUUCAACUCCCCCUCCCACUCCGCCUCCGACCUCUCUGUCCUGGGUCUCCUCCAUGGCCACAGCGAGCAGCACCGGAAAUUGGAGGAACAGCACCUCAUAUUCCGUUUGGGGAGUCUGCAUCCUGGGGGCAUGAACAUCGAAUUCUCCCAAUUCUGUUAGUCCUUGCUGUCUCCUCCCCUUCCUCAGCUCCCCUGCUGUCUCCUCCCAUCCCCCAACCUUCGGGCUCCUCCUCCUUUUUCCUUUCUU